AUGGUCGUCAUCAUGGUCGUCAUCAUGGUCGUCAUCAUGGUCGUCAUCAUGGUCGUCAUCAUGGUCGUCAUCAUGGUCGUCAUCAUGGUCGUCAUCAUGGGGUAUAAAAAACAAAGAAACAGCAAAUGCACGUGCGGGAAUGUAUGCGCCACUUACAUGCAAGCCGUGUGUGGUUACGGGGAUCUUUCGGCAUUUGAUACCGGUCAGUGCAACAUUAGUGGCAAGAACCUUAAUUGCUACACCAUUGCGCCAGUAUCUAUACUUAAAUAUACAUAUUCAUAUAUAUUACGCAUGAAAUCAGCAGGGUAUAUUUUAUUUACAGUGUUUCUCAAAUCUAUUCUUUCAGAAAAAAAGCAGAUGCAGGAGGAAAAAAUGACGAACAUGCCUUUAAAGGAUGGACUAUCGUGUCAAACAUCUUCUCAACGACAAGCCAUCCACAAACAGAAAGAGAAAACACACAAUCAACAAGUUACACUUUUUACUGACAAGAAGCGUACAUUCCAUUUCGUCGGCUUGUACAAACUUCAAAACGAUCCACUAAUUUUCCAUCAUUAUACUUUGGUCGUUUUAAUAAUUUCACAAUUACAUCUUUCACGGGCAAUUUGUAGCUGCGCUGCAAAACAGUCGUUUCAACGUAUUUCAAAUAUACAUUUUGAGAAGUAUUAG